GGGGCGGGGUCAUCCUGCCUCUGCGCACGUGCAGCCCAGCUCUCGUGUUUUCCCACGCGGUAGCGAAGCUGCGUGGACUCAAAAGGACGACGAGGACUGCGGUGGGCACGGGCAACAACAUUUCAGUAUUACUUCAGCAAACUUUGAUAGAAUUAGGAGAAAACAACAGCAUCGGGCAAACUCCAGCUGGGUUUUAUAUUAAAUUCAGAAGACUCGCCUGUGCUACUUGUACUGGCGGAAGCAAGGCGAGGAAGUUAGCGCUGUUAACCAAUCAGCGUUAAGGUAGAGUGCUACGUAACCGGUAAGCCACGCCCCAGUUCUUUGCUCCUUGGAACAUUUUGUUUUUCGGAAGCCAAAUUAGUCGCCACACGAAUGGUAAUAAGUUCACUUUUGCAAUCUUUACCGCACCUUACUGACACGUUGACGUCAAAUCUCCAAGACGGACGUCAAAGCGUCCCAUUUGAUAAGUUUGGAGUUAAAGUAAUGAAAUGUAAACACGCCUGCCAUCCAUGCUCAUUUCGUACCAACAUUAAAUCAUGGACGGGAAGAAGAAGAGAAAGGUGAGCGGCGGCCCAGCAGGAAGAGGAAGGCAGGUUUCCACGCGGAAUGUGGCCGGGAAACCGAAACCAGAGGCGGCCAAAGUCCUCCGCUCCCUCACGGUGGAGGACAACAACACGUACCCGGAACCCAUGGAGGAAGCCAACGAGGAAGACUGCUUCUCCAUUAGCUUCCUCCGCACAGGUAGGGCAGAGGCUGCCGUUCUGGUUCCGCUGUCGGUGCCGCCUCGAUACACGCUGAUCCGGGAGGUGGGCCGGGGGAGCUACGGCGUGGUGUACGAGGCCAUCGCCCGCAAAACCGGAGCCAGGUUGGCGGUGAAAAGGCUCCAGUGCGACGCCCCGGAGAACGUCGAGCUGGCUCUGGCCGAGUUCUGGGCCCUGACCAGCCUGGAGAACCGACACCAGAAUGUGGUCCAACUGGAGGAGUGCGUCCUGCAGAGGAACGGCCUGGCCCAGAAGAUGAGUCACGGCAACAAGAGAUCCAAACAAUACCUGAGGCUGGUGGAGACCUCACUAAAAGGGGAACGCAUCAUAGGUCAGCCGUCGGAACCAUGUUACCUUUGGUUUGUCAUGGAGUUUUGUGAAGGUGGCGACCUCAACAAGUACAUCUUGUCUCGGCGCCCUGACCCUCAGACCAACAGGAGUUUCAUGCGGCAGUUGACGAGUGCCGUCGCUUUCCUGCACAGGAACAACAUUGUUCACCGGGAUCUGAAGCCAGACAACAUUCUCAUCUCGCAGAAAUCGGGUGCACCGGUUCUCAAAGUUGCUGACUUUGGGCUCAGUAAAGUCUGUGCUUCCAAGAACGUCGAGGAGUUGCCCACAGCUGGUGCUGGCGGCAGAGGGAGCAACCAGAACAACAUCGUCAACCUUAACAAGUUAUGGUUGUCCUCUGCUUGCGGGUCAGACUUCUACAUGGCUCCCGAGGUUUGGGAGGGCCACUACACAGCUAAGGCGGACAUCUUUGCCUUGGGCAUCAUUAUAUGGGCAAUGAUCGAGCGGAUCACUUUCAUUGAUGCGGAGUCCAAACGAGAGCUGCUGGGCACAUACGUACGACAAGGCUCAGAGAUUGUGCCUGUUGGCGAGGCGUUGUUGGAAAACCCCAAGAUGGUCCUCCACAUUCCUCAGAAGGCCAGAAGCGCCAUGUCAGAAGGGGUGAAGAAACUCCUCCAGGAAAUGCUCGCUUUCAACCCUCAGGAGCGACCUGACGCCUGUCAGCUGGAGGUGCUGAUGGACCGGGUCACGUGUGCUGCAUGAAGGUCCAACCAUCUCAACCCUUCCCCUUUGCCCCCUCUAAAUAGUCAAGAAGGGACCUCUUUUUUUUCCCCCCAGGUAAGAUCAUCUGCCUUUGCAACUUGAUAUUGUUUCACCGUUAAAAAUCAAAUUUUAUUUGUUAGCCAUGCAUGAUGUUUUUUUUAAAGCGUGCUUGACGUAAUCCAUUAAUUAAUUCCAUAUGAGGCAAUAUAAAGAAUUCAACCGUUCGCUUUGAAUAAUCUGCUCACGGGACUUUCUGCUUCAUUGUUUGGACAACUGCAUGUGUUGUAUUCGUCGGUCUGUGCUGGUUUAAAACUUCUGGAUCAGACAAGCUUUGUUCAGUCAAUAAGCUCAACCUCAUUGUUGGAUCUGUGAGUGUUGGAAAACUUCCAAUAGCUGCUGAAUUAGCUGCAAUUCCCCUCAUUGGGUCGCCCGAAGAGCUGCAGUUGCAGCUGAUACAACACAUUUCAUUUGUGAUUAAGUCCCAAAGUUCAAAGAUACUGUAUACUGUAAUAUGCAGUGUUUACUACCAGUUUGACUGAAAGGAUGGUGUUGCGUUUCUAGCAUGAGCGUUCUCUGGGCUGCCACUAACACUAGACCAGUAACAUUAGAAGCUGACCCGACUAUCCUGCCAAACUUUUACAACCCUGCAGUCGAUGGAUGCUAACCUCUUGGGCACAGAGGAGGAACAGUUGGUGUAAUGAGGUGAUGCAGUGAUUAGUGAGAUUUAAAACCUGCCCUCUUCCCUCAACAUUGACUCGUGUCAAACGGACGGAGGACAAACCUUCCUUUCAGGUCGCCUCAUCAGCAUUUCCGUGAUAGGCUCCUAUAAUUCUUUUAUUCAUAAACCUUUCUCCUUCACUCCGUAACCAAAAAUCCAUUGUUCUUAGCUCACAAAAUCAACUUAAAAUGACGCAACCGCACAUAGACAAAAUAUUACAUAAUCAUACAAUGAAAGGAAAAGGGCUACCGGACUGGCCGACGGGGCGGUUUGAUCCUGAGGCCAAAUGGCUGGGUUUUCAUCAUUUAUACUGCAUAUUUUUUGUGUUUGGGCACCGAUGUCUGUGCAUGUAAGUCAUUGUGGACGUGAGGGAUUUUGAGGGAAGCUGUUGCUUUUGCAUUUGUCACUUCCCUUUAGCUUUUGGCAAAUUGGCUUCCUUAGCAGCGGCAUUGCCAAAGUCGAAGCAUUCGGUUCUGCGAUUGGUCAACAUUGAAUUGUUUCUACUUUUAAAAUUAUACUAUGCACAGUAAUUGAGAGAGUUUUGUUUGCGAGUCACUCUUUAAAACAUUUAAUUUGAAUGUAAAAUGAAGUUAAUUACUUUUAAUAAAAUUCAGAAGCAAUAAUGUGUAUUU